CGUGUCUGGGAGUUCAUCGUAAGUGCGCGGACUGGAAAACUGGCGCACACAAAACAGUCCGUUUCUGUCAGUGUCCAGAAGUCAGAAACGCCAGAACAUAUACACAGAAACUGCCGGAAACGUUCCAUUUACGGGUUUGUGCGCUGACUUGAACAGUCCGGAAACGCACCUUUUCAUGCAGUGCUUCUUAUCCCAAACACAUGAUUAGGAUCAAGCCCCCUUUUGAGGCUAGGCUGAAUAAAUACACAGAGGAAGCACAAUUCUGGGCUAAAGUUCAACCUCAUGCUGUUCGCGGUCCGAUAUCUGUGCUAGUCACCACUUUUAAAACGAAAAAUAUUAUGAAAACGUAAGUGAGGUACUUUGCUUACUCUUGGCAAUACACUUUUACAAAGCUGCCUACCAGAUCAGGAAUAAAAACUGCACUGUUUGGGUAUUCUUUCACAUUGCAAAACUUCUCUUGAGGACAUGGACAAACACAAGACAAUACUGCUGCAUCCCCAAAUCUUUGUCCUUGUUGCCUUCCUUUGGAGUGUCCCACCACUUUCCCUGGCUGCGAAGAUCCUAGUGUACCCAGUGGAUGGAAGCCACUGGCUUAACAUGGACAUUUUGCUGCGAGAACUUCAUCAGCGAGGUCACAAACUGACAGUUGUCCGUUCUGCUAACAGCUGGUACAUCCCAGAGAACACCACACACUAUACGCCCAUCACCAUCCAUGCCGAUCAUCUCACUAGCCUGGAGGACCCCAAGUACAUGGCGUCCUUUCUUAAGAGAAACAUUGACAUUCAAAGAGGGGAAGGAUCUGUUUGGUCAUUCAUGGCCCUGCAGAAAGAAGUAAUUACUCUUCUAGAAGAGUCUCACAAGUCUUCUGCUGAGAUGGUGAGGACCAUUCUAGAGGAUAAAAAGCUUGUAAAAACACUUAAAGAGUCCAAGUAUGAUUUGAUGCUAACUGAUCCUGGUUUUGCAGGAGGUGUCAUACUGGGCAUGUACUUGGGUCUACCAAUGGUGUUCAAUGUACGAUGGAUAACAAAUGGAGAAGGGCACUUUGCAAUUGCACCCUCGCCGCUUUCUUACAUCCCAACUAUCGGAUCUAGGGUGACAGAUAAAAUGAGUUUUGCAAAUAAAAUGAAAAACAUCUUGCAUUUUGGAAUCGGCCAAUACAUAGACCACUUGAUCACAAGGCCUCUUUAUCAAGGAGUUAUCAGCAAAUACAUAGACCCAAACUCCAAUGUGUACUCUCUGAUCCAAGGAGCGGAUCUUUGGCUCAUGCGAGUCGAUUUUGUUUUCGAGUUCCCUCGACCUACUAUGCCCAAUGUGGUCUACAUUGGAGGCUUCCAGUGCAAACCAUCCAAACCUCUACCAAAUGAAUUGGAGAAGUUUGUUGAGAGUUCUGGAGACCACGGGGUGGUGAUCAUGUCUUUGGGUACUCUGCUUGGAAGUCUGGGUCCUGACAUAUCUGAAAUUGUAGCCUCUGCUUUUGCUCGCUUGCCACAAAAGGUGAUUUGGAGGCAUGUAGGGGAAAAGCCAUCUAAAUUGGGCAACAAUACACUGAUAGUGGACUGGCUGCCUCAGAAUGACCUCUUAGCCCAUUCUAAAACUAAAGCUUUCAUGACACACGGAGGAACGAAUGGAAUCUACGAGGCGAUUUACCACAGUGUUCCAAUGCUUGGACUUCCACUUAUCUUCGACCAAUUUGACAACAUGAUUCGCCUGGAAGCCAGAGGGGUGGCUCAAGUGCUUGACGUCGCAACCCUGGAUGCAGAUAUCCUAACACAAGCCCUAAAGAACAUCCUGGAUGAAAAUCAACCCUACCAGAAGAAUAUGCGCAGAAUGUCAAGCCUACAUCGUGACACCCCGCUCAAGCCAAUGGACAGUGCCAUAUUUUGGCUGGAGUUUGUCAUGAGGCAUAAGGGUGCGGCACACUUGCGCACUGAGUCCUACAGGCUUCCUUGGUAUUCCUACUACUGCGUGGACGUCUUAAUGCUUAUAGUGAGUUUGUUUAUGGCAGUCUGCCUGCUCUUGGUUUUGUUGAGCAAGGCUUUGCUGAAAAUUUUUGUCAAGAAAAGGAAAUCUAAAAAAGACUGAAGACACGUCUUUGGCAACACUAGUUUUUUUUUAUAUAGGUUGAUAUCAUUAAUGGUACUCUACGCAUCCCUUUCAAUGUGGAAAGGAUUGAUUAGUUAGCCACUGCUGGUAGAUGUAACUAUUCCAUCUGGUUAAAUAAAAAUAAAAAAAAAAACCUUUCUAAUUUUGCAAGUAACAUU